UCGACGCACACACACACGCCCGCGCGCGCACCAAGACGUUAUCUUCAAUCGCGCAUUUGGUUUUUGUUUUCGACCAUUUCGUGUCUGCGUUAUACCGUGUGGCGACGUCCCCGAGCCCGACGACCGUACCAUCUCAUCGUUGUCGCUCCUCUCCGUCUGAUUACGUUUUUUUUACUCGCCAGAGCAGCGUUAACGUUCACAAAACGUCGUCGUCGCCGGUAAUGUUCACCAACGUCAUUAGCACGUCUUCUUCUUCGACGACCGCCGCCGCCGCCACCGCCACCGGAGGACACCAUCGCGCACACGGUCAGUCGCGUGUCCGUCGUUCGUCGUAACGACGCAUCGCCCGUUUUCGCGCGCGUCGAGUCCCGUAAAAUCGCCGUCGACUUCCGCCGAGACAGCAGUGUUUGAGUGUGUGCGCGCGCGUUAGCUCCACGCACGGCCACCGUCGAUCGCUGGGCGCACGUCGCCGUUUCGCUGAAAAUGUCGUAGUCGCCCGCGCCGUCGUCGUCGUUGUCGUCGUGGUCGUGGUCGUCGUCGCCGCCGCCGCCGCCGCCGAUAUCGCCAUUGCCCCGCCGCCGCUGCACCUGUUGUAGUAGUGCCCCGAGGUACACCUAUUGCACGCCGCUCACAGUGGUCCCGACGCCGAUUCCAUCUCGCACGAUUCUGAUGAUUGAAAAUCAUAGAUUAGCUUAAAGUAUUAUGCAUCCAGAAAAAAUAAUGUUGUCAUCAACUUAUUUUACUAUUCUACAGAUGUUUGAAUCAAUAAAUAAAGAUACAAAAAAUACUAUUAUAGCCAGAGCAUCAUGUUUGUUUAUGGCAUGGGAGAAGUGUCGUAAUAUAAUAACUGAUGAGUCCUUUGCUGCUGAAUUACUUAUGUUUAUGCAUAAUGCUUCCAGGGAAUCUGCAGUAAUAAUCUUGGAUCCUAGUUGGGAAAAUGUUACCAAAAAAAUAAAAAAUGACCUAAUUAUAGUUAUGAGAAAAAUAGUUUGCGCCUUAAAAAUGAGUAAGAAUAAACAAAUAGAGGCAACAAAGUAUUGUCAUUUUUUGUUAUCUUUAAUGAAAAAUCCAUGGAGUCAUCAUAAUUUUUCAAAAUUACUUUUUGGAGAUCCAUCUCCAGGAGAAGUCUCAAAAUUUCUCCAAUAUGAAAACAGUAAUAUAUUUGUUCUGCGCUUAAGAAUGCUUUGUGAAGGAAAGUGUGAAAAUCAAGCACUAAAAAUAUCAUCAGCAGCAAUGCGCUUGUUCAACUCAAAUUCAAAAAUUAAAAAUCAAUUUGAAUAUCAAGAUUAUGAAUUUAUCAGAGAUAUUCAUUAUGCAUGCCUUGAAAGGGCAAAUAGAAAAAAGGAACUUAUUAGCCAUUUAAUGCAAUAUUCUCCUGGAGAUGAUGGAAAGAUCUUAAUGGACAAUUACUGUCAAAAGAUUCAGUCACUUGCAAACUUACGAACAGAAAGAAGACCAAGGAUUUGUAAAAAUAUUGUUCUUGUUUGUGAAAUGGCUGCUUGCAUCAUGGUUGUGAAUUCAUUAAAAUGUUCUGAAAUUUUUGAUAAUAUUGCUGGCUUUAUAAGUAAAUGGAGUAUUAUAAUGAUGACAUUGAUGGAAACUGAUUUAAGGCCUAAAAUGGAUUACUUCUAUAUAAAAGAUAUGAUUCAUACAUUUAUUAAGGUUGCACCAUCAGCUAGUCAUUUAUAUCUGUUAAGUGAUGUUCUGUAUCAUGAAUUUGGUUCUAAAUUGCCUCGGUCAUUAUACGUACAGAUUUAUAUCAAUGCGUUGUCUAAAAAUAUAAAUGAAAAAGAAAAAUGUAAACAAUUGAGUGAUAAAGAUGGAUCAUUUGAAUCAUUAAAAAAGUUAGUCCAAGGCUAUUUGAAAUUGGCUAAUCUACUUGAAGAUAUUGUAAGUAUAUGUCGAGAAUGUGUAUUAACGGCAUAUUCUUUAAUGCCUUCCAGUGAUCUUAUGAAGAGAGUUGAAAUGUUGGCUAUUAAAAGUGGUAAGCUGAUCCCAGAAAAUAUAAAUAAUGAUACUAAUGUUCCUGAAAAUUCCUGUAACAAAUCUAAAAAGGGAUGUACUUCAAGUAAACCUGGCCGUAAGCGUAAAUCAAAAGUCCGUCAGACUUAUGAAAACCCAUUAUCUAUUCUUGAUCCUUAUGAAAAAUGUUAUUCGAAGAUUCAUUCUGAUCUUAGUGAAUUAAAUGAUCCAUUAACACCAAUUAUGCAAGAAGACCUUAUUUCAAUUAUCAAGUAUCCUCGUUGUGGAACAUUUAAUUGGAACUUAGAAUGGCCUAGAAUGAAAAUUGUAUGCCAACAAUAUUUAGAAAACUUAGAUUUGGUGCUUAAGCGAAAUACACUUAUAGAACGAUCUGAUUUAACAUACCUUGAUAUUGAUAUUGAUGAAUAUAAUAAGUGGACAGAAAUAAAUAUGAAACAAUUAACAAAUGAUAAAGGUUAUUUUAGCAGUGAUAAUAAUUUUAGCGAUGAUGAGUCUAUAGCAUCAAUUGCUUCAUCCGGAGAAAUUGUGAGCUAUAGGAGUAAACCAUCCAAAAGUCGUUCAAGAAAACGUAAAUUUGGUUCACGUAAACGAAAAGCUGGUUCACAAAAACGGCGCAAGAUAAGUCCUAAAAAUAAACCAAAACCCAUUACUAUUCAAACACAACCUAAAGUUGGUUUACGGCGAAGCUUAAGAUACAAUAAAAGUAUAAGUAUCGAUGAAACUGAUGACUCAACAGUUGGUUCCUUGUUAAAUGAUGAAGCUCAAUACAAAAAUACAAAUACUAGUAGUGAGACGGAAGAAAAUUCUGUUGAUUCUGUUUUAGAAGAAACUGACAAAGCAACCAUAAGAAAUGAUGAAAAUCUUAAAGAAAUUAAACCUCAGUUUAAAAUGACACGAGAAAAAAGGACUGUCAACAAAAAUCAACACAAAGAUUUUGACUAUUCAUGGAAUUUAAGAAAAAGAGGAAAAUCUAUUAAAAACAAUUCAUUGUUAAAAGAAGCACUAGAAAACAGUAAUAUGAAUUCAUGUAAUAGAAAUCAAACAAAAAAUCAAUCAACUAAGUUUGACUUUCUGCAUUCCAAUAAUGAACAUUUAAAUAUGUUGUCAGAACGAAUACCUCAACUUAGUUCAUUAGAUUUCAUUGUGCCAGCAAAUACAGAUCGCAUAGUUAAUGUAGUACAAAUUCAAACAACAUCAAAUACUCUUACAAAUGUAUCACAAACUCAAACAGAACGAGUUUCAAAUCAUCAUUCUAACAAUGAAAUAGAAAAAAAAACUAGUGAAAAUCAAACUAACACUCAUUCAUUGGAUGAUUUUGUUUCAGUUUAUCAAUCAUCUUCAUUAAAUAAUAGUUUGAAUCCUGUUCAAAAUGUUGGAAUUCAUCAAGGAGAAUGUAGUUUCACAGGAAGUGUAUCUGUGAGCAAUCAAAGGAUUACUACUGAUUCAGUUACAAAUGUUCAAAAUACUGUUCAGCAAGAUCCAAGUAAACCAGUUGGGACUCAAAAUGCGAUGUUGGACCAAAAUAAAAUUAACACGGAUCAACAACAUUGGAAUAAUAUUCAACUACAAAAUUCUGGAGAGCGAUUACAAUCUACCAUCGAAAGUGCUGUACAUUUAUCCUCAAAUGUUAUAGUUAGAACAUCUGAUGUAAUAAAUACAAGUCAUGUUAAUCAAACUACUGGACAAAUUACUUAUACAACAAAAAAACCAUCUACUUAUUGUGUUAAAACACGUGAUCGAUUUAAUGAUUUAUCGUUACCAGCAUCAAUUCCUUCUGUAUCAACUAAUAAUAAUCGUUCUACAAAUAUACCACUAGCAAUGAAUACAAAUAAAUCAAAUUUUGAAUCAAAAAUUCAACAAAAUACUCCAAUUCAAACAUCAGUAGGCUUGCAAGUCAAUUUCAACAACCAAGUACCUGAAGGUGGUAUACAUGGUAUUAUGUCUCCAAACGAUCAAGGAACACAAGUUGGUACCAAUAUCACAGAUAAUUCGACUUCAACUAAUAUAUCUUUAUCAAAUGAUCAAAUAAUGAAAUCCGCAAGUAGUAGAAUAAACAAUUCCUCUAAUGUAAACACUUCAUUUAUAAAAGAAAAUUCAUUUGAUAAUUUAAAAUCAAAUAUUCCUAUGAUAAAUCCAGUUUCAAGUAUACAAACUCAAACCUGUGCUGGUUUACGGCUAUCUAAUGAAGUUUCUCAUACUAAUGCUUCAGUGAUAUCAUUGACGAUUGCAUCAACACAAAGUCAGGUUAUUAAAUCCAAUAUACAUAAUUCAGCUUAUACAUCCCCGCAUAAUCAAAGAAUACAACUUAAUGACUUGAGUCAUACUUCUCAAACAAAUAGAUCUGAUGAACAAAAAAAGAUUGACAAUCUGAAAUUAAUAAGUCAAACUUUUACUGCUACAUCAGAAGCAAUAAAAUUUGUUACUAGUAGUACAGAAUCACAACGUCUUAUUCAAAGUAUGGAUAAAACCAGUACAUCAAAUCUUGCAACUUUUCAAGGUUCUUCAGAAGGCGUGUCACAUAUUACCCAAGAAAAUGACCCAAGUUCUAAAUUAUCAACUAAAGGACGUGGUAAUAUGAGAACUUAUGAAAGCAAAACUAGAGCUCUUAAACAAGCUAACAUGUCUGAUAUGUUAGUAUUUGAGAAAGGAACAUUGUAUGCAGUUCAAGAUGACAUUGCUAGCCAUAUAGAGCCUACUAGGUCAGUUAUCUCUCCAAGAAAUAAUACUUCCACUAAUGUGAAAAUACAAAAUCGACAAUCUAAAGAAUGCUUGGAGAAGCCAAAACUUUCCCCCAAUGCUUCUCCAAAUGUUACAAUUACAGGCUCAAUGUUGCCAAGAUUUCAACAAGUUUUUGGUAAAACUAAAUUUCCAAAUUCAACUGUUAUUAAUGACACUUCAUCUUUGUGUUCAACUAGUGUGGCAAGUAAUCUUUCUUCAAAUCUUGGGCCAAUUAUUAAUCGUCCUAACAUAUCAACAUCUCGUGUAUAUUCGUCUUCAAAAGGUGUACAGACUAAUCAUGAUGUUGAUACAAUUAACUCUAAUAUGAACUGUAUACCACCAAAAGUAGUUGAAAAUAAGCUUCAACAUACUACUGUAAAUAUGUCAAAAUCUAGUAAUAUUAUGGCGAUUGGAAACAAUAAAAACAAUGUUAUUAUGGCAUGUAAAGCCGUUAGUUCUGCAAAUAAUAUCCCACAAGUUUCACCAUCAUCUAACCAUCAAGUUCUUGCAAGUAACAUUGAAAUUAAAAAAGGACUCGCUGCUUUGCCUGUUUCAAAAGUGUCUACAACGUUUACAACUAGUUGUAUUAAUUCAUCUAUAACAUCAUCUAAUUCAAAUUUAAUAUAUUCAAUUCCUAUACUAAAUGACUCAAAAUCUAAUACUAAUAUAGAAAAACCUUUACCAUGUGUAACACAACUACAAAGACAACUUAAAAUGUCCCCAUCGAUAAUUCAAACAGUUUUACGGAAACAUCCUACUUGGCAACAAAAUACUUUUCGUCAAGGUAAACAAAAUACAGAAGUACAGGCAUCCACAAUAGAAAGAAUCUUACCUGUAAAUGUGGCAAAUAUUGUCAAAAAUACUAUUGAGUCUUCAAACAAUAAAAUCUCAAUAAGUUCUACUAAACCAAAUCUUCCGGAAACCAAUGUUAGCACUUUGAUGAUGGAGCAAGUGAGGGAAUUUGAAUCAGUGUUAGAAGAAGUAAGAAAAACUUCAUUAAUGAAUGAAAUGAGUACUGCCAGCAUGUUACCACAGAUAAAUCAUGAAAUAAUACAAAUUCCUUCUCCUACAGAAAAUGUUGAUUUACUAAAUAGCGAUAGCAAUCAAACAUUAUUUCCUUUGAAUAAAAAAUCGAAUACAAAUAGUGAACGUGAUCGUUGUUCAUUUUCAUUUUUGAAUCAAACAUUGUCAAAUGUGAAUGAUUUAGCAAAUGAUGAUAAAGAAUCAGUGACAAUACAACCAACUAUAAUUUCAGUUCGUAGUGUUACUCCCACUCAGCCGUUAACAUCACCUAAUAACAACAAUGGGUCUGUUAAUCCAGUUGAUACUCAGUGUUCUAAGCAAAUAGCAAAUAAAGUAAAACCUGUUAUUAAGACACCAGCUAGUUCUCCAUCAACUUCAGCUGUUAAAGUUCCUGUUUUGCAAAAACCUUUGCCUAAAUUACAAGAAGAUGAACAAACAACUCAACGUAUAUAUGCAAUACUUGAUAAAUAUGCUGAACAACUUCGUAAUUCGCCCGAGUUGAAAAAUAAACCAGCACCAAGACGUAGAACCAACCCACCAACAAAUCCAAGCAUGAAUGCCAAACGUAAAAAGACAAAUCAAUUAAAUUUAAAAACAUGUUCUCAACAAACUUCUUGUUCAUCAUCUGGUAUGGAAAUGAGUCCUACUUCAGAUAUGCAAGCUAUUGACAGUGAGGAUAGUUCUAAUGCUGUAAGUCAUUUUUCACAUAUUAUCAACUCUCCAUCUAGAAAUUCAGAUGAACAAUCUACAGUAAUUUCAGAAACCCCUUUAAUGGAAAAUGCAUUAAUUAAUGUUAAUGAUGUUAUUAAAAAAAUUAAUAUUGAAGCUGAAAUGAAAUCUAAAGUUUCUCAAUCUACCCAAAUUGUUGUAAGUGGUACAUCUGGACCUUUUUUAUCUUUACCUGAUGGUAACCCUGCAAAUGUUAGACUUCUUGUUGCAGCUGGAAAUAAUCAAAAAAUGUACCGGCUGCAUUGUCCAGUAACUGGACCAGGACCUGUUGUAUUUCAUCAGAUUACCGCUAAAGAUUCUUGCUCAAAUGAUGUUAAAAUGGCAUCUAAUAUAAUAGGACAGAAUAUUAAUGAAUCAUCAAUCUUAUCUGCUUUAUCAGCAGAUCAUUUACAAAAUUCCAAUACAAAUUUAAGAAGUGAAAUGUUACAUAAUACUUUACAAAACUUUGAUCAUAAAAUAAAUAAAUCUAAUAUUAUUUUGGAAUCUAUGGAAAAAGUUCAAGUACUUGGUAAGAAUGAAAAACAAUUAUCAUUUCCAGUAAUGAAAAAAAACCAAGCAUCUCAAAGUACAUUUAGUGUCAUACACACCCUUCCAUGUAAAUCAGAAUCAAUUGAUGAUAAUGAAUUGUUGUCUGAAGCUCAAAAUAAUAUUUCAGAAAGUAUACAUAAAGACAAUUGUGAUAACGAACAAAAUACAAACAUGAACCAAGAACAGAUUAAUAACUCCAAUAUGAAUCAAUUUGUUAAUAAACAAGAAAAAUUAAGUACAGCUCUUAAAAAAGAGUCACCUUUUAUUCCACCCGAUUCUUUGGACAGUAGUAGUCUCCCUUAUGAAGAUGAAUUUCCAUCAUUUCAUACUCAUGAUGACGAAGAAGAAGAAGAAGAAGAAGAAACUAAUGAAAAUUUAACCAUUACUAAUAAUAAAAAUAACCAACAAAAAUCACCAAACUCCGAUGAAAACAAAUUCGAGAAUUCAAAUGUAAAUCAAAUUUUGGUUGAUAGUUUGAGUGAAAAUAAAGUUUCUAAUGAUGUAAAUGAUGUGCAUGGCGUGAAGUGUGAGGAUGGUACAAUAAUUAAGCAAGAACAUGACACAAGUGAUACUACUAUUGAGGAAACACCUAAUAUUUUAAAACUUGCAAGCCCUAAAAAGGAAGAAGAAGAAGAAGAAGAAGAAGAAGAUAACAAGUCAAAUAUAGUGCUAGACAAUGUUGCUGCUACUUCAUCUGCUGAAAUAAUUUCAACCGUCGACCAAACAUCUAAUAAUUAUAAACAAAAAGACGAAUUAUCACCAAAAGCUGUUAAGACUGAGUGUGAAUCAGAAAAUGAAAAUGAAAAUACAUUAAGUAAUACUGUUUAUAAUAUGCUAGACAAUCAGUCUACCUCUAGUACUCAUACAAAAAUUGGAUCAUUGACACUUCGUUUAAAAAAUGAUAAAUCAGCAAAGAACUGGAUUAAUUGUUUAUCUAAAAUAAUGCUUCCAGGGACUGAGAAAAUGUUAGAAGGAGAUAAUUUAAAACAAUUACAGGAAUCAUUUCAACGUUCUAAAAUAAAAACUUUCAAGGAUUUGAAAGUAUUUAUAUUUGAGCAAUGUAAAAAGUUUGACAAUAACGUUGAAACACCUAAAGAGUAUGAUUUGUAUGAAGAUAUUGAUGGUCUUGGUGUUGAUAAACCAAGUACAAACGAAUUAUUUCCUGAAGUAGCCGUAUUAAAUGAUUUAGACAAAUCUGUUAGUCCAACACUUGGCCUACUACAAGCAUCUACAUCAAAGUCAAAUGAUACAAAUUCUUUACAAGCUAGACGCAAGUCUGUUUUGUCUCACACAACUACUACUACAGUUAUUCCAGCUGGUGUUGAACAGACAAAUGUAGUUUGCAAGAAAAACAAAACAAAAGUAUCAUUUUUAAAACAAGCUUUAUAUAAUGAAAUGAAUCAAGACUCAAAUGAUAGCGAAACUAAACCAUUUAUAAAUGGUAUUAAGACUGUUUUAGAUUCAAUUGAACAAAUUGAUUCGUGUCCAGAAUCACCAUCAAAUACUAAUGCCAUGGAUUCAGAAACAUGUAUGUCUGAAGACAGUACUUCAACAAUUAGCAGUGGCACACCACAUUAUAACUUUCGUAAAAGUAAACGCAAAAAUGUUGAAGAAGAUGGAUUUAUUGAAUCUCAAGUAAUAAAGCGAAUGUAUAGAGGUCGCACGUCAGAAGAUAAUGAAGAAAAAUCUGAACUUCCUAAACUAAAUAAUAUAAAGACCCAGACAUCUGAACAAAAGCCAGUAGUUGAAAAGAAAGAAUGUAACAAUAGAAGAAUAUCGAGUCGUCUAAAAAACAAUAAUGUCAAGAAUAAUCAGCACGUAUCAAACAAAUCUCCGCAGCUAGAUAUUUCACCUUGUAAGCUAACAUCAACAAGAACAUCCCUCAGGAGAGUUUCUAGAAAAACUACUUGAUUAAUUUCAGAGUUUAAGUGUAAAAAUAUGUUGUUUAUUAAAUGCUACUUUAAGUUACCAUUACUAAUGCUGAAGGAUUAUCUAGCACGAAAAUCAGAAAAUAUGUAGUCAUUAAUUUUUAAUAAAUAUAUCUUAUAUUAUAGUAUAUUAUAUAAUAUAUAUAAAAAAAAAUCAAAAUAUACAAUUUCAUUUAAUAUUGCCAUUAUUUAAAUUCAGUUUGGUUUUGCUUGUUACUAUAAAUUAUCAUAUCCAUUUUUCAAUUGUUUUCUAAACCAAAUUGUUUUUUUUUUUUUAAUUUUAACUUCUAUAUUAGUUAAUAAAUACCUUAUUUAAUUUAACAAUUUGUAUCUAUCAUCAACUGAAUACUUAAUUAAAUAUUUUAAAAAAAAAAAAUCAUUCUUAUGUAUGAUCAUAUUUUUUAUUAUCAUACAAUAAAUUUUUAACGAGUAACAUUGUACAUAUACAUCCAAUGGUUUAGUAUUAUUUAUCAUGUAUUUUUUAAAUACAAACCUUAAGUUUAACUUGUUCACUUGUUUAUUAAAAAGUUUAAGAAAUAUUUUAAUUGUACCAUAAUACAUUAUUCAUUAUUUUAUUUCAUUUAUGAUUAUAUGGUUUAAAUUAAAACUUUAAUUUUUAUCAACAAACAGUAGAAGAUAAUUUGAUUUAUUUUUGCCCUAGAUUCUGUUAUGCUAAGUAAGUAAGGGGUAUAAGGAAAAAUUAAAACUAUGUACUUUAAAUUUCCUCUAAGAUAUAAAUAUUAUUUUAGUUUUAAUAGACUUCAAUAUUUAGUUGUAUUAUUUAUAAUAAAAAAUAUACAAUAUUUUACUCUUUAUGAUGAAUAUAAAUUAAUACCUCAUGAAAAAAUGCUUUGAAAAUUAAAUGCUAAAUUAUUUAAAAAAUAAUUUUCAAAAUAUUUUUUCUUGUACUCUUUGCUUACAUGUUAUUAUUUUUUCUUUUUAUUUGACUAUAAUAUUAUAUGUAUUCAUACGUUUUAAAAAUAACCUUUAUGUUGCAUCUAGUUCAAAUUUAUUUUACAGUUAUAAUAUUUGUUUUAAUUAAAUGUAUUAAAAUUCAUACUUUUUAAACAACAAACUUAAAGUAGCAUCUGGUUCAAAUAUAUCUGACAAUUAAAAACUAUUUUUAUUCAUUAUUUUAUUAUUAUUAUUUUAAACUAAAUUAUUUUAUUAUUAUAUAUAUAUAAAUUUAUAUUAUUUGUAAUCUUUUUACUGGUUUUGAGUGCAAUUUACCUUAAUUAUCAAUGGAAUAGAUAAUUUUACGAGGAAAAAAUUACCAUAAUUUGUUUUAUUAUACUUUCAUUGAUAAAUUUGUUUUGUUAUCUUAUUAAAAUUAUUAUAAUUACAAUAUUUUCAAUGAUGCUAGAAAUAUUUGUAUUUGCAUUAACUUGCAUUAACAAAUAAAAUGGAAUGUAUAAGUAUAAUUUAUCUCUACAAUUAUAUUUGCUUUCCAAAUAAUGUACUUAAAUUGUUAUCAAAACCAUGUACAAAUAUUUGUUAUAUUUAUAACAAAUAAAUAUAUAUACUAUUCAGUUAGAAAUGCAGUCAAAUGUAUUUUUGAGAACUCAGUUAAAAGAAUUAUUUUUAAUGAUGUAUAUAGGAUUAGUAAUAUAAAGUGUAAAACUGUAAUUAACUUAAACAUUGUUUUGUUUAAUUUGUAAAUCUGUUUGUAAAGAUAACAAUAGUGUACUAUUAUAAUAGAUAAUUGUUUUUGUUUAUUAUUUAUUUAUAUAUACUAUUUUGUUUUGAAAAUUACCAAAGAAAUUGAAUACAUGAAAAUGUUUAUUGAAAAGUUAAAAAUUAAGUAACCAAUUGUAUAAAUAUAAUUUUAAAAUGCAACUUUUGAAAAAAUAAUGUAUUGUUCAUGAAAAAGACUUAACGUAUUUAUAAUAUAAAUUAUGAUUAUUUAAAGAAGAAUCCCUCGUCUUUCCAAUAUGUAUUGUUAUUUUAUUAAUUGAAUUUGUAUAAAAUCUUAAGUGCAACAAAAUGUUGAACUAUAUAAAUUUAAACUGAAAUAAAUCUUUAUGUUAUUAACUUGAAAUUGAACAAUUUUAACACUUAACUAUUUAAUUUAAUUUGCUCUUACACAGAAUUUAAUUUUUAGUAGCUUUAUUUUAUAUUCAUUUUAUUUAUUCAUAACCUAGUAUUUUCAUUGAAUAGAAUGACAUUGUUUAAUUUUAAUUUAUUUUUAAUUUUCACUGUUAAUAUGUUAAUCUGUAGUGAGAUUUUGUUUUAAUUGAUUUUAUUUUUGACCCAAAUCCCAUUUUAUAUUGUAUUAAAGUCGAUUGUUUUUUUAAGUGAUUGGUCAUUAAUAACAUUAAACCAAUGUUAUUUUAUUCUAAAUAAAAAAAAAAUGACUUAGGGAUUUUUACAUAUUAUAAAGAAUAUAAAUCUUAUUUGCUUCAGUAGAUAAGUAAUGUGAUAGUUUUAAGGAUUUAUCGACUGCUGUUCAUGUUAAACACAAGCUGAUUUGAUUUAGUUUACUUUGUCUUUGAUUUUAAUACACUAAAUUUGAUUUUGAAA